UUCCUGCAUUCCAACGAGAAGAUCAUUUGACAAAACUCUCUCAAUGCUUCUCACGCAUCUGAGAACGGGUUGUUGUCUUUCGGGUAGACCUGGCAAUAUGACCGAGGCUGCGUGAUGGACUCCAGGCAAAACCAGCUAGCCAGCCACGUAGGUCGGAAAUAGCUCCAGAGGGGCAAGACCUGUGUCACUGCAGACUCGUCCCUGUACCAUGCCUAGCGACGGAAAGACAACGAGCCUCAUGACCUUUGCUACAAAUUAAAAUCCACGAGACCGGAACAUCUUUCUGGAAGAUUCGCUCGUAUAUGCCCAUGGGUCAUGGACGAAGCAAUCUAAUACAACCGGGUUUCGAAACCACUGGGUGCAGCUGUAUGGCGGAGAUGGAUCUCUCAGGAGGAUCGUCCGACCUCAGUACCGUAUGCCACUCCUCGUACAUGAAAGGUACGAUCUACGGAUGCGCGACAUGUGUCCGUGAGGUGACUCGUGAUACAACCACGACGCCGUAUGUGAGUCUCGAGAUAUGGCUGCGAGUGUUGAUCCACAGCUUUGCCUUUGCGCAUACGAGGCUUGUCACUCUCCGUCGAAUAGAAUUGAGGGCUAAGACUCUGCUGCCAAUAAGGUCAACUAGCCAUAGUACGUCUCCAUAUGCCUAUCCGUUCAUCACUUCAUACACUAUCCCCUUGAGGCAAAGAUCCCGGAUGUCGUGGCGCACAGAUCUCCGCAAUACCCCAGACUACCCCACGAUGGGGUCACGACUAGGGACGGUUCAUCUACCCUUCAUUACUCUGGCACUUUUAGCGUCUUUUCACACUCCCGACGUCCCGUCAUUCUUACGGUAUUGGUGAGAACGACCUAGGGGACUGUCAAGGAUGCAGAUCUUCUGCGCCUUGCAAUUAUCAACGGUCAUAUGGGUACUUGUGCAAAGUACCUUGGAUAG